AUGCCAGACAUUAGAAAGAAGCUUGUCGUUGUUGGAGAUGGUGCAUGCGGAAAGACAUGUAUGUUAAUGGUUCAUUCAAAAAAUGAAUUUCCGCAGAAAUAUGUACCAACAGUUUUUGAAAACUACACAAUGGUGGUCACCCACGGUAAACAGCAAAUCGAAUUGUCCCUAUGGGACACAGCGGGCCAGGAAGAUUAUGAUCGCUUACGUCCACUAUCCUACCCAGAGUCUGACGUUGUUCUGAUGUGCUACGCUGUGGAUUCACCAUCAAGUCUGGACAACAUCAGAGAGAAAUGGCACCCAGAGCUACAACAUUUCUUGGAGAAUGUUCCUAAAAUUGUUGUAGGCCUCAAGGCCGAUUUGAGGGACACAGCUAAGGAGGAAGACAAAGAUCAAUUUGUGUCAACAGAGCAAGGAGCAUUGGUCGCAGCAGACCUACAUUGCAAACAUUACGAGUGUUCUGCCAUGACACGUAAGGGUCUCGCAGAAGUCUUCCAGGCAGCUAUCAAGAUUGCAAUGCAAUCUCGGAUCUCAAAAAUGCGCAGGCAUGGUUGUUCAAUUCUGUAG